GAAUACCAAAUUCACAUAAUUCGACACUCUCAAUCGCCGGGUCUGCGAGGCCAAGCCACACAGAGAAAGAGAAAGAGAAAGAGAGUUGAUGGAGGUGACAUCAGGUGAGGGCAAGAGCAACGGCAACUGCGUCAACAAGUCUAAACAUGAACGGCGAGUAGGCUUAAUUUACGAUCAGAGGAUGUGUAAGCAUCGAACUCCUUAUGGUGAUGAUCAUCCCGAGAAACCUGAUCGAAUCACCGUUAUUUGGAACCGGCUCGAACUCGCCGGCAUUCCCCAAAGAUGUGUGGUUUUACAUGCUAAAGAAACCGAGGAUAAAUACCUUUGCGGUGUUCACUCCAAAAACCAUGUUAAUCUGAUUCGUAAUAUAAGCUCCAAACAGUAUGAUUCAAGGCGAAAUCGGGUCGCAUCCAAGUUAAAUUCUAUUUAUUUAAAUGAAGGGUCAUCUGAAUCUGCUUACCUCGCUGCCGGCUCUGUUAUUGAGGUUGCUGAGAGAGUGGCAAAAGGGGAAUUGAAUUCUGCUUUCGCUAUUGUUAGGCCGCCUGGACAUCAUGCUGAAUAUGAUGAAGCGAUGGGAUUUUGUUUAUUCAACAACAUAGCUAUAGCAGCUAGUUUUCUACUUGAUCAAAGGCCUGAACUUGGUAUAAAAAAGAUUUUGAUUGUUGAUUGGGAUGUUCAUCAUGGUAAUGGCACGCAAAAAACUUUCUGGAAGGAUCCUCGUGUUCUGUUUUUCUCUGUUCACAGGCAUGAGUUUGGGAGUUUCUACCCUGCUAAUGAUGAUGGGUUUUACACUAUGGUUGGAGAAGGACCAGGUGCUGGCUAUAAUAUAAACGUUCCUUGGGAGAAUGGACGGUGUGGGGAUGCUGACUAUCUUGCAGUUUGGGACCAUAUUUUAGUUCCUGUUGCCAAGGAAUUUAAUCCUGACAUAAUUCUAAUAUCUGCAGGAUUUGAUGCAGCUGUCGGUGAUCCUCUAGGGGGAUGUCGGGUAACACCAUAUGGAUAUUCGGUUUUGCUGAAGAAGUUGAUGGAUUUUGCUCAAGGGAGGAUUGUUUUGGCACUAGAAGGAGGAUACAAUCUUGAUUCUAUUGCAAAUUCAGCCUUGGCUUGCAUGGAAGUUUUGCUAGAAGAUAAACCUAUUUCUGAUUUAACUGACGCAUAUCCAUUUGAGUCUACCUGGCGAGUAAUACAAGCGGUUCGUAAAAAGUUGAGUGCAUUUUGGCCAACGCUUUCAGAUGAACUGCCAACAACAUUGACCAAUCAAAAAGCUCCUCCUCAUGUUUUACUGUCAAGCUCUGAAUCUGAAGAUGAGGUUGAUGAAGCUUCGGAAAUCAUAUCAAAGGACCUAGUUCAAGCUAUUGAGGAUGUUGUUGAACCCCUUUUAAAGUUGAAGAUUGAAGAUUAUCAUGGUCAAGUCACUAGUGCCUCGUGGAGAUCAAAGCUGACCAAGACUGAGAUUUGGUAUGCUAGUUUCGGAUCAAAUAUGUGGAAGUCGAGGUUCUUCUGCUAUAUUGAAGGCGGACAGGUCAUAGGUAUGAAAAAGCCUUGUUCUGGUUCAAUGGAUAGAAACCCUCCAAAGGAGACUCGUUGGAAAACGUUUCCACAUCGUCUUUUCUUUGGUCGUGAUUUUACACAAACUUGGGGUCCCGGAGGGGUUGCUUUCCUUGAUCCUCUAAGCAACAAUGAAGAAAAAGCAUACAUGUGCCUCUAUAAAAUCACGUUAGAGCAGUUCAAUGAUGUUUUGCUGCAGGAAAAUGAUCGAGAUCAUGAUAUGAAUUGUCCUUUAUUUGAUCUAAAUGCUUUGGAUUCAAUUGCGAAUGAAGGUUCACUUAUUGUGGAGGCCGUCAAGGUAAUUCAUGUAUCUGCUGUCAAUAUUUUGGGUUUAUGCCAUCUUACGUUCAGGUGUCCACUCUCUGCAAUUGAAGGCUUUAAGUCUGGAGAGAUUCCUUUACGUGCUCCUAGUAAAGAUUAUACUGACACCUUAGUAAGAGGCCUCGUCGAAGGCAAGCAGUUAUCGGAAGAGGAGGCGACAACUUACAUUCAGGUAGCAUCUACAAAGCCCUUAUGAUUUCUGAUUGCAACUCGUUGUUGCCAUAUUUUAGAUGCUAAUUUCUCAAGUAUUUAGCCAUUGAUGGUACAGAAUUAAGCAAUUCUUGCUGCUCAAACAGUUGAUAAUAGAUGAUAUUUGAUAGGGUAAUCUCUUGCCGUUAUGUGUGA